AUGUUAUGUGAUUUCGUCGACAACGAGGGUUACACAAAAUGUGCUCAGUAUUUUCCAAGAAAUGAAAACCAGACAAUGAGGAUCACUGAAAAGCUUGAAAUCACAAAUGUUGAGAUCCGACACUUUAUGUGGGAAGGUUGGCGAGAAGGGGAAGUUCCGAGCUGUUUGCGGACUCCAAUCGAACUACUCGCCCAAAUCCGCGGUUCACAAAAACCAAUCGUGAUGCAUUGUGGUGGUGGGACGGGAAGAACGUCGAUUUUGGUGGCUAUCGAAUAUUUACUUGAAUGCAGUAACCUGAAAACAGGAAUCCCUCCAAUGUGCGAUCUAAUGAAAGAACUCCGAUCAUACCGGCUGUGGUCGAUUCUCUUCGAUUUGCAAUAUCUCUACAUUCAUCGUGUCAUCUUCGAUCACUUUCUCGACAAACAAAAAGCAAAAUUUGAGGUCUUUCACCAAGAAAAAAAUCGAGCAAAAUAUGAAAAAUUCGUCAUGGAUUACGAGGAUUCGACUUGGACUCGGAUG